AGAUACAGUGCGACCCCAUUCGAUGACUUAACAUCUGACCCGUGUUUUAAACAAGAUAAAUGUACGGCUGAAACAUUUAUAGCCACAAAAGUUAUUAUACAAAAGGGCAUAGAGUUUAUGGAUCAGGAUAUGUGCAAAGAGCACCCGUAUAAACAGGGUCAAACUGAAUGCAAAACUACUGUACCAACUGAUCCGGUUGUAGACCUGAUAAAUGAUAAUUGUUUCAAGAAGAUCACUAAAGAUGAUGAGAUGUGUAUGUUGGCAUUAGUGACAUUGAAAAUCAAUGCUGCGCUAGAUCGGUUUUCUAUGAUUGCACAGUUACGUUCGGCCAGUUACACUUAUAAAUUAGUAAUAGUAAUAAGUAAAACCAUGUUGAUCCCUUUUUGUUUAACACUAUUCAUCGCCGCUGUCACGGCUGGCAUUCCCUUCAAAGACUGUGGUCAAUUUGAACUAAAAAGUGUUGAGGUUAGUGGCUGUACAACCAGUCCCUGUACUCUCCACAAGGGAAAUGAGAUUACCAUUAAUAUUAACUACACCGCCAGUGCCGAUAGCAUUCAUACCACGUGGGAAUUGCACGCAAUAGUUGGCGGUCUUGAGAGGGAUUUGUCUCGACUGAUACCCAAAUUUGAUUCGGACGGCUGUCACGACACUCCCUGUCCUAUCAAAAAAGGGGAAACCAAAAUGUUUACCACCAAACUCACAAUUCCCGUCUCCACCCCUACACCCAUUGAAGGUGAUAUUAUAGCCAGACUUCUCGGUGAUAAAGUAACCGUGUUUUGUGGAACCGUUCAUGGUACAAUUACAGAU